AUGGAAGAAAAAGAAAAUUGUGUCAAAAGUCGGCGUGGUAUUCCAAUUCUGACUAAAAAGCGCUUCUUUAGUGUGAAGCCCAAUCCAAAAUCUUUAAAAAGUGCUUCAAAGAAGGCUGAAAUUGCUGAGAUUAGUGAGAAAAAAGAUGCAAAGAAAGCUGCACCUUCCUUAGCGAAUUCGCAGGCAUCAUUUGCCGCUGGCUUACGUGGUAAAUCUCAGCAACCAAGAGUAGUUUCAGGGAAGCGAGGUACUCUAACUCCUGGUCCUGGAUGGAAAGGCAGAUUAUGGAAAACUCCAAAGUCCAUUUUGAAGCGGAAGAACGCUGAUUACGAUGUUGCAUUUGCAAAGACAACAGGUCAUAAACAGAAGGGCCUAAAAGAUGCCACAAAUAUUGAAGGCAAUAGACGUCAUGUUAGCCUCAAGUUAGAUUUUAAAGAUGGUACUAAAAGGGAAUCUCCAAAGACCGACAAUGCCCUCAAGAAUGUAGACAAAGAAGAAGUUGUGUCAGUGGCAGUGGGCAAUGGCGUUACUGUUGAGAUGGUAUUUGAUGCAGGUGGAGAUGAGACUAAAAAUAACAAAGGACAUAAUGACAGUUCAAUCUUAUCAGAUAUUCAAAGUCUUUCUUUAGACAUUAGUGACAUGACGGAAAAUAAAGAAAAUCCCACGCCAGAUACAUCCACGCCUGAUGCUGUUACAAUAGCCGAGGAUUUGAAUUCAAAAAAGGACUUUGCAGUUAACACUCAAAAAAGAGAUGGUGUGAGAAAAUUACAGAAGCUUCAGUCCGUUCAAGAAAUGGGCGACACAAAUGUAGAUAAACGUGUGCCUGAGAAAAACAAGAAACCGUUGACCAGAUCAGCAACAUUCAGUGGUCCUGCUUCCAGAAGGAAUGUCAAGCCUGCCAGUGACAGCAGUAAGCCGCAGUAUGGAGGUUAUAACAGAGGAAUCCGAAGGUAUUCUGAUCUGAAAAAGUCUGAGGAAGAACUUAUCCAGAAAAAUGCCCACCUUGAAGCCAAGUUGAUGGAAUCUUCCAUGAGGAUACACGACCUUGAAACGUCCCUCUCAGAAACAACGGGUCGAUUUAAUGAAGUUGAACAUGAACAUUUUGAGCUGAGAGAAGAAUUGGAAGCUAAAGAAAAGUAUUUCAAUGAAACAUUGGAAAAGAAAGAACGAUUUUAUAUGAAAGAGAACGAGAGGCUGCAGGAGAGGCUUGAUCUGUGUGUUGAAAAAUUGAUCCAGUUGAAGAUAGAUCCAGUUUCCCUGGAGUCUAUGGAACGAACUCAGUCACAAGCAGAGAAAGAGGCAUUCAUCCAAGCUCGGUUAGAGGCAAGGGUCCAGUGUAAAAUUUUUCAACAGAAGUUGGAUUCCUUCAUUCGAUGUUCUGAGGAACGAUUCAAUGAUUUGAUGUCCAAGGACUUUGAAAAUUUUCACCAAGCCGCUAAAGAAAUCGAUGUUCAACCAGAAGACGACAUAGAUUGCUGUGAUGAUCCUCCAAAAGUGGUUAAUUCGGAGGAAUCAGUUCAGAACGGACAUAUCAUUGUCCCAUCUAAAGGGGACUCCUUUGCAAACGGAAAUGGUCUUGAUAGUGUUCCACAAACUGAACAAUGUGAGGUACAACCAUUCGAAUUUGGAAAUGCUUCCUUCGAUAUUUCUCCAUCAGGAGAGGGCUGUUCUGAAAGUUUGUUUGAAGGCUCAUCGGAACAAAUUCAUACAGAAGGAUUGCCGGAAAGUUCUCUUUGAACACAAGGACAUGAAAUGACUUGAUGCAGAUUGCAUCUUGGUUAUGUAUCUGAGGAAUAAUUCUUUCCUUUUUAUCAUCAAGGCAGUGGAACUUAUAUGACUUGCCAAAUAGUGAGGAGUAAUGUGGUUUUGCAUCAUGUGAUGUAAUGUCUUUCUUGUAGAACCUAAGUACAUGUAUGAAUCUGUACAUGUACUGUGAAAGUAGAUGACCCCCUGGACUGGGCCACCAUCACACUUUCUUGUUGGAACUAACUUAAACUUUUAAGGUGCCAUUCAGGGGUUGAAUUUUUGAUGUUUCCCUUCAGUUGCCCCAUGGCAUCAUUUACAAUUUUACAGCAUGGAGGUGAAUUUUAGAAGUUGUUCAUUUUGUAUGUUAUGUACUUUUAGUGAACUUUGAAUAUUUUCUUAAUUUUGAA